AUGUCGGUAGCGUAUCCUACAAAUGAAGGUGUGCAAGAUGAGCAUACGCACAAAGGGCUGCAUCUAUUUGCCAUUUGGGAGGCAUUAUCGUCGGGCAAGAUGCCAAAUAAUCAGCAAUUAGGAGGUCUAUUUUCGGCGAUCUCAGAGGGUUCUCAAUCGAUUGCUCAAGACGUAAAACGAAACAUGUCAAAAGAUGCCCGAGACUUCUUCAGUCACUUUUCGGAAAUAGUCGAUGACUCCUAUACAUUGCUCAAUAAAAAGAACCGUGGUGAUCUUUUGCAAAAUGCUGUCUAUGAGUUGACGCAAUCCAAAGCUUCAACGAACGCACCUGACGUUUGGAACGAUGUAACUGAGAACGUGGAUGGUCAAGGCUUGAAUCGUGAAGAUCUCAAACAGUUUUUUAUUUUAUUCUUCAACAACAGCCAUUUGCGUGAAAUUUUGCGAGAUGUUCUUGCCCUGUUCGGCCGUCAAGGUUCGAAGCUAACACAGCAAAAAUUCAACCAGCUCGAUCCACAGCAAGGAAAAAUUGGUCAGAAGGAUUCUUCACGAACUCAGAAACAUGAUGGAGUCAACUCUUCCACGUUUUCUACUGGAAAACAAAGAGGAAAACAACUUGACGGCCAGCCAUCAAAGACGAACCAGGCCUUCAAUGAUCCCCAAACACGACAAGUUAGAGAAGAAACUAGUUCCGAAUUGCGUAAAAUUAUGGAUCAAUUGAAGCACCUCGUCGUGGACUUACAACAGGAUAGGGCUUACCAGCAUCCCCUGCAGAGCCUUCUGGGUUUGGUUGAAAGAUUUGUCCAUGAGCUUGGUGACAAGCAAGGCAAAUUACAAGUUGAAACGAAUGACCACACUGAACGCUCUUUGCGUUAUCUUCGAGAGCUUGCUGAAAAUGUUGUCAAUCACUCCCUGCAACCUCUAAAUAAUAUUUUCAAGAGGUUCUAUCAAAGUGCUCAAGAAGACGGAGAAUUUAAACAGUGGUUUCAAGACUGUUAUGCUUAUUUGAGAAAAUUUGUUUUGAAAAAGGGUUACGCCGUUACUCAGGCUGCCACAGACGAGUAUAAUGAGCUUUACGACCGCGGACGCGGAUUCAUGAAAGGACGUUACAAACACCAUUGGGAUGAAUUAUGCUCUGAGUCUAAAUCCAUUACAGACAGUGCAGCUUCCGAUAAAAGCUAUCGCUAUUUAGGAGAUGAUGGCAAGAGACUGUACAAUACUUUGGUCGAACAUAAGGGUGGAGAAACAUCCUUGAAAAAGAAUUUAAUCUAUGAAAUUCUACAGUUAAGCAUACCUGUCAUUCUCACCCGAAUUCAGUACUUCCCAAUUCCUCGGCUUGAAAUUGAGCAACCUGCUUUUGACAUCGUCCUAGAGAACCUUAACCUUCAAACAAUUAACAUUCUACCAAAAAUUGCGGAAUUUCGAAACAAUAACCUCAUGAGAUUUUCCCCCUACGGAAACGUCUCCUCUAUUCAAGAUCAUUUAGUUCACCUUCAUCUUGCCCAUAUCCAAACUGAUCUCAAGAACGUCAAUUAUUAUAUUAGGCGUAAGCAAGGAUUUCCUAAAUUUGUCGAUCAGGGAAUCGUAGAUCUUGCUAUUCGUAAACAAGGCAUGGUUGUUGAUCUUGCCUUGUCGGCGACUCCUAAAACUCCUAAUCGCGAACUUCCUGGUUCAUUCUUUCGGCUAGACCAUGUCAAAGUGGAUGUUCACAACAUCAAGCUCAAACUUAGAAAGUCAAGACACAAAGCUCUAUUGAACUUCCUUAAGCCGUCAAUGAUGACUUACAUCCGAAAAACUGUAGCAAGGUCUUUGGAACUCUCAAUUCGACGAACUGUUGAGCAGUUAGACAGGCAGUGCUAUGAGAUACAUAGAGAAGCUCAAAAUGAAUUGGAAAGACAAUCCAGCAAGCCUACAAGAGAACAGGAUUCGAGAACAAAGGUUUAUGGCAAGACUGUAUAUAAUAAGAUGUCAGCAAUGCAACAACGCUCUCAAUCUUCUGGUUCGAACCAAAAAGUUCGUGUGGCUCUUCACGAACAGAACAGUGAGCUCAGCAACAUUGUGCUUCCUUCUCACAACUUAGAGGAAGGUGAAAGUCUAAGACGAUCGGCUCUUUCCGGGUCUACUUGGCAUUCCCCUAUUUAUGAUAGUUUAGGAGCCAUGGGAGGUGCCAGUGCUGCUGGAGUAUCACGUCGUUCACAACGUUCGAAAAAGUCAAAGCGUACCUCAUCUAAGAACCGUCCACCAACCGCAAGAACUUUGAAUGAAGAGCAGCAGCCUUCUGCGAAUGACAGUUUAAACCAAACAAUCCUGAGUGAUCAAAUGGCUCUCGGAAACGUAACUGAAAUACCACUUCCUCCGAACGCAAACACUAAAAGACACAGUUUGACUGAACAUUCUAUAGGUAGUUUUGGAGACGAGCAGCGUUCUCCAGAAGUCCUGUUCCGUCAUACUGAUGCUCCCAACCGAAAGCAUGAUGCUUUCAAACACCAAACAGCAGUUACUUAA